AUGGGCGACGUCCUCGUGGAAAGCCAGGCCACCACCGUGCCGCCUCACAAGAAGGCCGCCCCCUCAGCCAUUCCCAACAUUGACGACUUCGAGGGCUUGCCCACCGAUGGCGAGGAUGACUAUGCGACCCUGAAGAAGCUUCAGAGGCAGUUGGAGUAUAUCCAGCUGCAAGAGGAAUACAUCAAAGACGAGCAAAGGAGUUUGAAGCGAGAACUAGUACGAGCUCAGGAGGAGAUCAAGCGAAUCCAGAGCGUACCCCUCGUCAUCGGCCAGUUUAUGGAGGCCAUCGAUCAGAACACCGGCAUUGUCCAGUCAAGCACAGGCUCCAACUAUGUUGUCCGCAUCCUAUCCACCCUCGACCGCGAACUGCUCAAGCCCUCCUCCUCAGUUGCCCUGCACAGACACUCCAACGCCCUCGUCGAUAUCCUCCCGCCGGAAGCCGACUCCUCCAUUGCCAUGCUCGGCGCCGACGAGAAGCCCGAUGUGACAUAUGCCGACGUCGGUGGCUUGGAUAUGCAGAAGCAGGAAAUCCGAGAGGCCGUCGAGUUGCCCCUGACACAUUUUGAUCUGUACAAGCAAAUUGGUAUCGACCCUCCUCGCGGUGUCCUGCUAUACGGCCCGCCCGGAACUGGCAAGACCAUGCUUGUCAAGGCCGUUGCCAACUCUACAACGGCCAGUUUCAUCCGCGUCGUUGGCUCGGAAUUCGUCCAGAAGUACUUGGGAGAAGGUCCCCGAAUGGUCCGCGACGUUUUCCGCAUGGCACGCGAGAAUUCGCCCGCCAUCAUCUUCAUUGACGAAAUCGACGCCAUCGCCACGAAGCGAUUCGAUGCCCAGACCGGUGCCGAUCGUGAGGUCCAGCGUAUUCUGCUCGAGCUGCUCAACCAGAUGGACGGCUUCGAUCAGACCUCCAACGUCAAGGUCAUCAUGGCCACGAACCGCGCCGACACCCUGGAUCCCGCCCUGCUGCGUCCCGGCCGUCUCGAUCGAAAGAUUGAGUUCCCCUCCCUGAGAGAUCGCCGCGAGCGUCGUCUCAUCUUCAGUACCAUUGCCAGCAAGAUGAGCCUGGCCCCCGAGGUCGAUCUCGACAGCUUGAUUGUCCGCAACGACCCUCUUUCCGGCGCCGUCAUCGCUGCCAUCAUGCAGGAGGCCGGUCUCCGCGCCGUCCGCAAGAAUCGAUACAACAUUAUCCAGACCGAUCUUGAGGAUGCUUACUCAAGCCAGGUCAAGGGAACCAGCGACGAUAACAAAUUCGACUUUUACAAAUAA